CGGCGCUGUCACAAGGCUUCGCAAUCCCCACGACCUGACCUGCCUCCUCUUAAGGCAGCUGCUCAGCUUGCUCAGCCUUCUCGGGCUACCUCAUCAUUGUCCACUCGUCAUUAUUGUAACCUCGGGCAACCCAGCAACCCCUCGAGUCGUUGAACGCAGUCUUGUUGAAUCUCUCGCUGAUUUCUGUACGACUCCCAGCGCCUGCCUCCCCACUUCUGCCUUCGCCGCUACUCAAGGGCUCCGUUCGAAGAGGCACGUACGAUCCAAAGAAUCACAUCAUGGACUCAACGCUUGAUGUUGGGCGCCGCAUCGUUCAGAUGUUCUGGGACCCGGACCCCACCAACGAUAUUGUCAAAGACGUCCCGGUCUGGUGCCUUGGCUCUUCGUACAGACUCAACGCUGCUCAGUCCAACGCCCGUGCUAGUCCCGCUGGACCACCUUCAGAGCCAAGUACGACUAUUGUCACCACAUCGGGCUCGGCUGCCAAAGACGGCUCCGCGCAGGCUUCAUCCACCAGUCUCCCCGACACCCCGCCCGACUCUAUCUCGACCAGUCUCGACUCGUCCCUUGCUUACGAAGAUGCCCCUCGCGAUGGGGGCUGGCCGCCAGCGUUUCUGGACGAUUUCGAAUCUCGCAUUUGGAUGACAUAUAGGUCAGAAUUUGAGCCGAUCGCCAAGUCUCAGGACCCAAAGGCUCUUGCAGCCCUCUCGUUUUCCAUGCGGCUGAAGACGCAGCUCAGCGACCAGGCAGGCUUCUCAACGGAUACUGGCUGGGGCUGCAUGAUCCGCUCAGGGCAAAGCCUUUUAGCCAAUGCGAUGCUAUCUUAUCGUUACGGAGGUUCUCCGAGGAGGGUGUCGAAUCGGGAGCACGAAUCAGCCAUCCUUCAGCUCUUUGCUGACGAUCCGAGGGCGCCAUACUCGAUUCACAAUUUUGUGCGCCAUGGUGCCAUAGCAUGUGGCAAAUACCCUGGCGAGUGGUUCGGCCCGUCGGCCACAGCAAGGUGCAUCCAAGCUUUGGCCAAGGCGAAUGACUCCUCGCUGCGCGUUUACUCGACAGGUGAUGGCCCAGACGUUUACGAGGACAAGUUCUUCGAAGUUGCUAAACCCGAUGGGCAAACCUUCCACCCAACCCUGAUUCUUGUUGGCACAAGGCUUGGUAUCGACAAAAUUACACAGGUAUACUGGGAGGCUCUCGUGGCAUCGCUGCAGAUGCCCCAAUCUAUAGGCAUUGCUGGAGGGCGACCGUCUUCCUCGCAUUACUUCAUUGGCGUGCAGGGACUGCACUUUUUCUAUCUAGACCCUCAUUUUACUCGACCCGCUCUCCCGUACCACGAGCGUCCGGAAGAUUACACCCGGGAAGAGAUUGAAACGUGCCAUACGCGCAGGCUACGUCGGCUUCACAUACGGGAGAUGGAUCCCAGCAUGCUCAUUGGCUUUCUAAUCCGCGAUGAAGAGGACUGGAAGGACUGGCGACGGAGCGUGAAGCACGUACAAGGAAAGAACAUUAUUCAUGUCUCGGAUUGUGAUCCUGUGGCGCAGUUCAGCCAGAGGGCAGGUGCGAUCGACCAAAUUGAGGCGCUCAGUGACGACGACGACGACGACGAAAACAGGGAGGCUGAGGACCGCGUGUAAGUUCGGAACACAGCAGUCAAGCCUGUUGCGUUCGUCGUGAUAUUCUGUCACCACUGCACCUUGCAUUCCUUUUGAUGGCAUCACUGGCGUUGGUGGGUUCUUCGGGCGUUCCUUCUUUUCAACCUGGUGUCGUUCAUUGGCAGGCUUUUCACAUCACAGAUUAUUCUAUAUAUAAUAUA